UAGGAUCUGUACUGCUGAGUAGAUCCGUAAAAAUAGAACAAUCCUCGGAGGAACCAGACUGUGUCAGUCUCAUCCUUCCAUAAGCACAAGCUGCUGCUUUUUUUUUCGGGAGUUGGAUAUUUUCAGAGCUCUCAAGCUUGAGGCAGGAUGUGGAGGUUUCUUGCUCAGAUUCUCUUCAUUGCUGAAGUCACGCUCUGUGCCGCCGACUCUCCUCCGAUCAGCGAGGAAACACUGAAAAGGCUUUCCGCAGCUGGAGAGCAGUAUGUUGAUGAGGAACUAAAGGGAACUUUGCUCGGAGUGAAGCAGGUGAAGGAAAUGAUGGAGAAGAAAGAAGAGAAGCACAGGCACCUGAUGGAUGCACUGAGGCACAGCAGUGAUAAGAAGAAGGGGGUGAUGCAGCUGGCCAAAGAAACACAGCAAAAAGUCGAGGAAGCCGAACAACAAUGUCAAGAUUUAACCAAAUCUUCCUUUGGGGAGUGCCGACCAUGUUUGGAAGAUUCUUGUAAGGCCUUCUAUACAUCUACGUGUCGGCGCGGCUUCGCCUCUUUCUCGUUCAAGGUAGAGGAGUUUUUCAGGAAAAUGGCCACUAAGUUUGAAGAUGCUGAGCAGGUCCACAAUAAAAAUCAGGAGAAUUCAGGUGAAAAUGUCGCAGCUGAGAAGCAGGUCACAGAGGACAAAUCCAAUAUGGAGCUGCUGCAGGCUGAAGCAUCGUUCAGCGACCUGUUGUCAAACAUCAGCCUUUUGUACAACCAGAGCAUUGGUCUGGCCAAGAAGAUGCAACCCGUGUUUGGUCACGCCUUUCUAGAAACCUUCGCCACUGAUCUCCAGUCCAGCACGCUUUCGACCAGAGGGUCAAGCUCUGGCUUCCUUGGGUCGGUGGGUUUGGAGCACGUUCUUCACUCAGUGCUUGACUUUGGGAAGAGCGUGCUGGAAGGCUUCAGUGCCCCAGUGGCUGAUUUGUUUGAGGAAAUAAAAGAAGCUGAAGAGUACGUUCAGCAAUCAAGUCGAGAUACAGGCUUGUUUUCUGGAAUGGGACCGCUGCAGAGCGCAUAUAUGUGCAGAAGACUCCGCAGACAAGCAUCAGAGUGCUGGAAGCUUCAAGACCUGUGUGAGACAUGCAGGGAUUAUCUGUUAAAGGCAUGCCCCAGCGUGCAGCAGUUGCACUCUGAGAUGGAAGAGAUGUACAUGCUGCUGAACGCCUCCCGUCAGCAGUAUGACGGCAGGCUGCAGCUGGUCCACAGACACACAGCAGACACUCAGAUGUGGCUCAGCAGCAUGCAUGACAAGUAUGGCUGGGUCAGCCAGCUGUCCAACAGCACAGUGGACCCACACAGCAUCUUCAGUGUGAUAUUGGUGAGUCCACAGCAACAGAUAAAGAAUAACAAGCCUAGAGCAGACAGCAGUGUCACUGUCUCCGUAUUGGAUUCAGCCCCAGUAACAAUACUGGUCCCAGCAGAUCUGGAGGUGGAUGACCCUGCUUUCAUCCAAAAUGUUGCUCAAGAGGCUCUGACACUAUAUAAACGGCAGAUAAAAGGAAUGGAGUAAUGUGAUCUUACCACCAUGGGAACAGUUUCUUUAUGCAGAGUGAAGAGUCCAG